GCGGCCGGCGCGCAUGCGCCCCCCGCACCCCCGCCGGCGGUUGAUGGCGGACGAGGCGACGCGCCGGGCGCUGAGCGGGAUCCCGCUGCUGCGGAGCGGCGCCGGCCCGCGGGACGGCGAGCGCUGGAGGCAGCGGCUGAAGGAGGAGUUCCAGGCGCUGAUCCAGUAUGUGGAAAAUAACAAGCAGGCUGACAACGAUUGGUUCCGGCUGGAGUCCAACAAAGAUGGCACAAGGUGAGUCAGUGAUGUGCUGGGACCGGGCUUUUCUUUGGGCCUCAUUAUCACCGGGGAGGGGAUUCACCGGGAUCAUUUGCUUCUCAUUUAAAUCUUUCCCCCUCUCACCUUAAACCUGUGCCCUCUGGUUUUAGUUUCCCCGAGCCUGGGGGGGAGAGACUGUGACCUUAUCUACGCCCCUCGUGAUGUUGUAAACCUCUCGGCCUCCUCCGGUCCUGGGAAGGUCCCGGUGAAUCUUUCCCGCACCCUCUCCGGCUCAGUGACGUCCUCCCUGUGGCUGGGCGACCGGAACUGCGCCCGACACUCCGAGUGCGGUCUCCUGUACAGCUGUAACGGGACGUCCCGACCCCUGCGCCCCUGGGUCUCUCUGUUCUGCAACACUCUCCAUGGCCCUAGCAUUAGCUGUAGAGUACAUCGCCGGUCCUUUGCCGUCGCUGGGUCCAGAUCUCGUUUUGCUAAAGUUUGCUGCCCAAGUACGUGAAACUCCUUAUGUAGGCACCUUUAGAUUAAGUAUAAAAGGAGGGACACAAACGUGUAAAUCUUUGAGUGGGGAUCAGUACAGAGCUCGGGUUACACUGUUUACUCUUUCUCUGUAUCCCGCACUCCCGCUGGCGCUAAAUAAUCAGGCACUUAUUGUACGCUCCUUGGUUCUGCUGCUGUCUACUGUAUUACAGCGCGGAUUGAUUUUCACAUUGGUGUAGUCAACAGGAUCUCGCCGGGACGCCUGGGUACCUCUGGACUGACUUCUGCCCUCGGGUGCCGUUUCGUGUGGCGUUCGCACGUUCUCCCCGUGACCGCGCCGGUCUCCAGAUCGCGCCCCAAAGUGCCCGUGCCCUGAUCGCGG